AUGAAGGCCUCUUUCAUCGCCGCGCUCGCAGUAACUGCAAGCCUCACCAGCGCCGCUCCUACUGUCGAAAAACGUCAAUACACCGGCAGCACUUACAAUCAACUCACUGAUGGCUCUGCCUGCCGACCCAUCUCAGUCAUCUACGCCCGCGGCACCUCCCAACAAGGAAAUGUCGGCGAUUCACAAGCCGUAGGACCCCUCUUUUUCAAUCAGAUCGCUUCACGCGUCGGUGGAACCAGCCAGAUCGCUAUUCAGGGUGUCACUUAUCCCGCCAACGUUGCCGGAUUCCUGGCUGGCGGUGAUGCCGCUGGCUCCACGACCAUGACGAACCUCAUCUCGCAGACCGCCUCUAGAUGCCCUAACACCAAGAUUGUUCUGUCUGGAUACAGCCAGGGCGCUCAAUUAGUGCACAAUGCUGCUCAGAGAACUUCUUCGGCGAAUGCAGCCAAGGUCGCUGCCGUCGUUGUCUUCGGUGACCCAAAGAGGGGCCAGUCUUUCGGAAGCAUCACUUCCUCAAAGGUCUUGACUAUCUGCCACUCUGGAGAUAACAUUUGCGAGGGUGGUGCCAGCAUCACGCCUGCCCACUUGAACUACCAACAGGAUGCCGGCACUGCCGCUUCGUUCGUUGCCGGAAAGGUCUAG